AUGUCUCGCCCUGCGGGUGCGAGCUUCGCACAGUUCUUCCCUGCCGCCCCUAGGGCUGCCAGGGACAGGGCAUUGGAGCGCGAACGGGCCAAAAUCAACUCGCAGGACUCACCUCUCCCACAGGCUGCUGAAGCCUGUGGACAAGACACUGGUUCUACCUCUGCUGGCUCAUAUCAUCGGCAUGGCCCUGCUGCCAAUGGAGCUCACCCCUCAACUGACGACAGCGAGUCGCUUCCAGGAGAUACUCUCACUUCUAGUGGAUCGGCAAGCUCACAUGCCAGUUCUAGUUCUUCACUGUUUUGUGCUCUCUCUCGACCCGGCACCGCCGCGGCUUUCAAGGGCUCAAGCAGCCAUCUCACUCCUCCCACAUCCGAUGGCUCGCCUUCCUCAUAUCCCUCAGCUUCUCUGCAUUCCAAGGCACAGUCGACUGCUUCCCAGCCCACGGACGGUGCGGAUUCUUCAAUGUCAAUACCCAAUGGGUCGAGCCAUGAUCAUUCAGCGACCUUAUCCAAGCUUCCCAACCGCCUGCCACCUUUCGACCCUUCCCACAAGGUCGUGUGUGUCAAGUGCAAAUAUGAUCCUGCCCUGGAUGCCACGAUCUCAAGCUCUGAAAAGAGGAAAAGGAAACCCGAAUAUGUGGAGUUUGGAUUGGGAACUCAAGAUGGCGCUCCCCCCUCGGACCCCCGUCUGGCCAAGGGCGGGCGGUUGAACUACAUCAAUGUCGACUUUCACCUACCCAAAGCUCGACUGCGCCAUGCCCCCUACAUGCUGAAGCCUUGGAAGUAUGACCCCAAGACCUCUUGCGGCCCGGGCCCGCCGACCCAGAUCGUUGUGACUGGCUUCAAUCCCUUGAUUGCCUUCUCCAAGGUGACCGCCGUGUUUGCUUCAUUUGGUGAGAUUGCUGAGAGCAGUAACAAGAUGCACCCAGAGACCGGGAGCUAUUUGGGCUUUGCUACCUUCCGCUACAAGGACUCGCAGCCCAACCGCCAUCGUCCGUACCCCAUUCUUGCGGUCGAUGCUGCAAAGCGUGCCAUCGAAGCCAUGAAUGGAAAGAGGAUCGAGGCGAACACGGUCCGUGUGGAGUAUGACCCUGAGGGUCGAAAGAGCUCCCGUAUGCUGGAGGAGGUGCUGAAGAAGGGCGAUGAGACUUCCUAUCCCUCAAUCGAGCCUAAGAUUCCAACAGGCCCCAAGCCCAAGGAUCUCACAGCGGGCCCUCCUCCCACCGCACCCAAGGGUCCAGCUGCGCAGCGCGGUAGCCUGAUCAAUGUUAAUGGUGUCUGGAUGCCAAAGCCUAGGCCAGAUUCCAUCAUCGAGCAUGAGCCCAUUGCCCCCAAGCUCAAGCAUGAACCGUACAUUUUUGUCGCCCACGAGCAUGUCCCCGUCAUGCCCACCACUGUUGCUCAUAUGAAGAGACGGCUGAAGCAGUUCCGGUUCGAUGAUAUUCGUGCCGACAGAUCGGGCUACUUCAUAGUCUUCCCAGACACAGGUUAUGGUCGCAGUGAGGCAGACCGCUGCUAUCGCGCUGCCGAUCGAACACCUUUCUUCACAUAUUGCAUGGUGAUGGAUCUUCGUCGCUACGGCACCCUUGGGAAGAGCGCUCAUCCUUCCGCUUCUCGACAUCGCAGUCGGACUCCAGACCGGCGUCGGUCAGAUGAUGGUCGCUCUAAUCAUCAUCAUCAUCAUCAUCAUCAUCAUCAUCAUCAUCAUCAUGACCAUGACCGCAGCAAGAGAGAUGAGGAACGAGCCAAACGUGAAGAGCAAGAGCGGCGUAGGAGGGAAGAGGAGGCAGAUUUGGAGGAGGAGAAACGGCAAAGAGCUAAGAAUUUUGACCCGGUUCUUGAGGCCACCGACGUCAUCGUGCGAGAGAUGAAGGAACAGCUCAUCAAGCACAUCCGGACCAAGAUUGCCGCCCCUGCUUUGUUCAAGUUCCUAGAUCCGAACAAUCACAUCGCGAAACGCCGCAAGCUUAACUUGGAAGAUCCCCAAGGUGCCGGACUGCCGCCGAUUAUUUUGGACGAUUACGAGGAGGGAUCGCCUGUUGGCACACCGAACUCAAGGGCUGAUCCCAUCGAGCGGCGCACGGGUCGCCUUGAUAUUUCGACUCUCCCUCGGAUACGCAAAGUCAAGACUGCUUCCGGCCUUCCGGCUCGCAAGUAUGGCUUCAACGAUCCAUUUGCCCGUAAUCGACCGCCCACUCGUGGCAGCGCCUUCCGGUCUCUCCAUUACCGUCUUAGGGAUGACAGUGAGGAUGAGUCUGAUGAUGAGAUAGAGUUGAGAACGUCUCUUGGCAGGGACACAGAAGAACCGGAGUCGCGGCCGAGGAGUCGCAUGAGCUCGGAUGACGAGGGUACCAGAGAUGACUUUGGGUCGUGGGGCCCUGGAGAUGAUGAUUCCAUUACAGAGACCAGCUUUGUGCUCAAUGAUGGCUCAGUUCUGCCAAAGAAGAGGAAACUGGAUCUCCAAGUGGAAGCAGUUGUCAAACGGCAAAAGAAGUCUGACGAAGAGCUUUUCGGGGCCACUGUGGACCGCAUCGAGAACGAGUUCGUAUCAAAAGAACCCUCGCCUGAGGAGAUACCAGCUCCUCCUGCUCCUUCACGGCAAACAGACGUGCUUGUGGAGAAGGAAACAGAUAGCUCUCGUCUUCCAACUCCCCUGCCACAGAGCACAAAAGCUCACAAAAAGAAAGCCGCCAAGCCGAAGAAGAAGUCCAAGAAACAGCUGUUCGAGGAAAGAGAGGCUCUCAAGCGACAACAACAGGAGAUUUAUGAAAAGGAAGCGGCUCAACAAAUUGAGGAAGGUGAGGAAACAAAAUUGGCGGUUGAGGUCGAAGAUGAAGCCAAGAAACCUGAGGUUGUUGGAGAAGAAGAGGAGAGGGCGGACUUGGAUGAAAAUCUCUAUCCGCCAGAAAAGGUCCCUGCUCUCCAGCUUCCUUCAGACUUCCAUCUCGAAGUGGCAACAUUGCAGGAAUUGGGCCUUGGUGAAUACGAUCAACCAGAUCUGGACAAACUGCGCAAGAAGUUUGGUCCUGGCAAGCUGGCCGAUGCAGAGCUCUGGCUGUGGAGAAGAGAUCGCAUCCGAGAGUUCAACUCAUCCGACGGGUCGACGAAGAACCCGGUGCGCAUUGAGGGUUACUAUGUCCCCAAUUCGACCGGCUGCGCUCGGACUGAAGGCGUCAAGAAGAUUCUCAACUCCGAGAAGGCCAAGUAUCUUCCUCACCAUCUCAGGGUUCAGAAGCAGCGCGAAGAGCGGCAGGCGCAAAACGGCAAGAAUGCCAAAGACGCGGCUGCAGCGGCUGCGGAGGCAUCACGACUUGCUGCCGAGAGCAUGGUGGCCAAGGGCAACUCGCGCGCAAACCGUGCACACAACCGGCGGUUCGUUGCGGAUCUCAACGACCAGCGCAAGACUCUAGGCCAGGACUCGGAUGUGUUGCGGUUCAACCAACUCAAGAAGCGCAAGAAACCUGUCAAGUUUGCGCGGUCCGCGAUCCACAACUGGGGUCUGUAUGCGAUGGAGAACAUCCCCAAGGACGAAAUGAUCAUCGAGUACGUAGGCGAAGAGGUACGGCAGCAGAUCGCCGAGCUCCGGGAGAGCCGGUAUCUCAAGAGCGGCAUUGGCAGCAGCUACCUGUUCCGUAUCGACGACAACACGGUCAUCGAUGCGACUAAGAAAGGUGGCAUCGCGAGAUUCAUCAAUCACAGCUGCAUGCCAAACUGCACGGCCAAGAUCAUCAAGGUGGAGGGCAGCAAGAGAAUUGUUAUCUAUGCCCUCCGGGACAUCGCGAAGAAUGAAGAAUUAACGUACGACUACAAGUUCGAACGCGAGCUUGGCAGUGCCGACCGGAUCCCUUGCUUGUGCGGCACGGCAGCCUGUAAAGGUUUUCUCAACUAA